AUGAGUGAACCGAAGUCUAAUAUAAACCCCACUUACGCACUGGGUACUUUACUUUGGGUAAAACUGCUCAAACGUGUUUGGUGGCCCGGUACAGUUAUAGAUCCCCAAGACAAUACAAUACCUCAAGAAUUAAAAGAUUAUGUGAAAAAAGUUGAACCUAUUUCUUGUGUGGUUAAAUUUAAAGAUGACAAAUAUCAUGUUGUUGAAUUCGACCAAGAAGUAUAUCUAUACCCGUGUGAUCGAAAAAUUGAAUUUAUUGAAAAAGGGUUCUCAUUAUAUAAGAAUCAGCUGAAAGGUUUGCCAGUGAUUGGUAAUUUUAAGAUGGAAUUUUUUAUCGAAGAGGUAAAAUCAAUGGAACAUCUUAUUGGAGGUGAUAUACAUAUUUUUGAAAAUUUAAAAAAAGAAAAAGAAAAAGUUAAGUCCAUCGUCAAAGAAUUAUUCACUCCAACUAAUACAAAAAAGUCCAAAAAGAAAGAAGUUGAAAAAAAAUCUUUACCAGCACCUAAACUUCCUAAAACUCUUAAGACUCCUAAGACUCCUAAGUCUCCUAAUCAACCAAAACCUAAACCUGUUUCCAAACGAAGAACAUCAACUCAAUCAAAGGUUGGUAAGACAUGUAAACGAACAAAUACUGAAUAUUGUUGUCAGUCACAAGAUGGCUGUAAAUUCACAACUAAUCGUUAUGAUAACUUAAAAUGGCAUAUAGCCGGCCAUAAAAAACGUAAAGAUGAGGUUACGACUAGCAAAUCAUCAAACAGUUCUACCUCUAAUAAACGAAAGAAUUUAAAGACUAAACCAUCAGAGGUUAAAAAACAAAAACUGCAAGAAGAGUUAUUGAAAGAUUGGGACAACGAUGGUGAGGAUGAAGAUGAAGAAAUCAAUACAAGUGGAGUACAAUCGUCUAGUGAUUUUGCACAAUCUUCAAAUGAAGAAGUUUUACAAACAAUGAUAGAUGUACAGUCAUCUGGUAAUGCUGUACAAUCUCCAAAUGAAGAAGUUAUACCAACAAGUAAAGUUUUACAGAACAAAAAUGAUAGUAUACCAAUCAUAAGUAAAGAUAUAUCCAGAAAUAGGGAAGUUCAAGGAACUAUUACCUGUUCUCCUAAUAAAGUUUUUGAUUUUAAUGAAAAUGACAAUAAUACCCCUGUUGUAGAACUAAGACAAAGUAAAUCUAAUUGUAGUUCUACUGUGGAUAAUGAUAUAAGUGAAACAUUUGAAUCUACAGAUUUUGUCAAUGAAGCAAUUUUAGAAGCAUCGCCAAGUGAAUCAGUUUUAGUUGAGAAAUCUACAGAUACCCCUGUUGUUGAACUAAGACAAAGUAAAUCUAAUUGUAGUUCUACUGUGGAUAAUGAUAUAAGUGAAACAUUUGAAUCUACAGAUUUUGUCAAUGAAGCAAUUUUAGAAGCAUCGCCAAGUGAAUCAGUUUUAGUUGAGAAAUCUGCAGAAAAUGUUAUCGAUAAACCUCAUGGAAUCCAAUCUAAUGAGCUUGCAAAUGAAAUUGAUAAUCAAACAAAAAGUACUGAACUAUUAUUAGAAAAAACGGAUAAUACUUUAGACCAAAUAAACAAUUUUGAAAAUUCAUUGAGUUGCAUUUCGAGUAGCAUAAAUACUUCUGAUGCAAAUAUAUUGACUGAAGUUGAUAAUGUUGUUAUUGAUGAAUCUGAGUUAAGUGAAUGUGGAUCUCUUAACAAAACUACUAGUCUAUAUAAAGAUACUAAGAUAGAGACUAAUGUCGUAGGUAUUCAAUUAGUUGAAAAUAUGUCUACUGAAACAGAAGACAAUGCAACUGUUAAGGAGAAUACUAAUGACAAGGAGAUAGUUUCAAAUGACGAAAAAGUUAAUCAGUUUUAUGGCACCACUAUUGAUGAGAAUAUGCCUAUCGAAAACUCAUGUUCUGUAGAUAGUACAUCCAAUAAAAUAGAUUGUGAAGAUAAAAUUAUGAAAGAGGAAUUCCUGGAUGUUAUCCCAGAUUGGUUACAAGACGCUGAAUGGAAAAGUACACGAUCUGGAGCUCAUAAAGCCUUCAUUGUCAACCCUGAAGGAUUGAUGUAUAUACCAGAUAUACACGAUAUUGGAGCUGAUUUACUGACGACCUCUGAAAAACUAAACAAAGAAAUAAAAUUCAGAUCGGAAAUCAAAGAUCCGAAUCAUACUUCGGAGUACAUCUUUGGCGACGAGUACUACGUAUAUUUACCCAAAAGUUUAAUAGGAUCCUAUUCCAGAAUGGAAGAAUUGCCGCCAAAUGUUAAUCCCGUUACUGUCGCGUUGGAAAAUUUAAUUUUAGAAUAUGAUUGA